AUGUGGAUGUGUGGAAGAGCAACUACAGUGGUUGUAAACGCCCUUGUAGGAGCAAUUCCAUCUAUCAUGAAUGUAUUGCUGGUUUGUCUUAUAUUCUGGCUCAUCUUCAGCAUCAUGGGAGUAAAUCUGUUUGCUGGAAAAUUCUAUCACUGUGUCAACACCACAACAGGCGAGAUGUUUGAUGUCAGUGAUGUCAACAAUUAUACUCAGUGUGAAGAACUCAUAAAAAACAAUCAAAGUGCCCGCUGGAAAAAUGUGAAAGUAAACUUUGAUAAUGUAGGAGCUGGGUAUCUUGCUCUGCUUCAAGUAGCUACUUUCAAGGGAUGGAUGGACAUUAUGUAUGCUGCAGUUGAUUCAAGAGAUGUAGAAGAUCAACCUAAGUAUGAGGACAACCUGUACAUGUAUCUUUAUUUUGUCAUCUUUAUCAUAUUUGGAUCAUUCUUUACAUUGAACCUUUUCAUUGGUGUCAUUAUAGACAACUUCAACCAACAAAAAAAGAAGUUUGGAGGUCAGGAUAUAUUUAUGACAGAAGAACAGAAGAAAUAUUACAAUGCAAUGAAAAAACUGGGAUCCAAAAAACCACAGAAACCUAUUCCAAGGCCAGUGAACAAAUUCCAAGGCAUGGUCUUUGAUUUUGUCACCAAACAAGUAUUUGACAUCAGUAUCAUGAUACUUAUCUGCCUUAAUAUGGUCACGAUGAUGGUAGAAACAGAUGACCAGAGUAAGGAAAUGGAAACAAUUUUGUCCCGGAUUAACCUUGUGUUCAUUAUCCUUUUCACUGGAGAAUUUGUCCUCAAAUUGAUUUCACUUCGCCAUUACUACUUCACUAUAGGCUGGAAUAUUUUUGAUUUCGUGGUUGUGAUUCUCUCCAUAGUAGGUAUGUUCUUAGCUGAGAUGAUUGAGAAAUAUUUUGUGUCCCCCACUUUGUUCCGAGUCAUCCGACUUGCCAGAAUAGGUCGCAUCCUGCGUCUCAUUAAAGGCGCAAAGGGAAUCCGCACUCUGCUUUUUGCUCUGAUGAUGUCUCUUCCUGCUUUGUUCAACAUUGGCCUGCUGCUCUUCUUGGUCAUGUUUAUCUAUGCGAUAUUUGGCAUGUCCAACUUUGCCUACGUCAAGAGGGAAGUUGGAAUUGAUGACAUGUUCAACUUUGAAACAUUUGGCAACAGCAUGAUCUGCCUAUUUCAAAUUACCACAUCUGCUGGCUGGGAUGGCUUGUUAGCCCCAAUUCUUAACAGUGGGGAGCCAGACUGUGACCCUCAUAAAGAUCACCCAGGGAGCUCUGUUAAAGGUGACUGUGGCAACCCUUCAGUUGGGAUUUUCUUCUUUGUCAGCUACAUCAUCAUAUCCUUUCUGGUGGUGGUGAACAUGUACAUUGCUGUCAUUCUGGAGAACUUCAGUGUUGCAACUGAAGAAAGUGCUGAGCCCUUGAGCGAGGAUGACUUUGAGAUGUUCUAUGAAGUCUGGGAGAAGUUUGAUCCAGAUGCAACGCAAUUCAUAGAAUACAGUAAACUAUCAGAUUUUGCAGCUUCGUUAGAUCCUCCUCUUCUCAUAGCAAAACCAAAUAAGGUCCAGCUGAUUGCAAUGGAUCUGCCCAUGGUAAGCGGUGACAGAAUUCACUGCCUCGACAUCUUGUUUGCUUUCACAAAGCGUGUGUUAGGGGAAAGUGGGGAGAUGGAUGCCCUCAGAAUACAGAUGGAAGACCGAUUUAUGGCAGCCAAUCCUUCCAAAGUCUCCUAUGAACCAAUCACAACCACAUUAAAACGGAAACAGGAAGAGGUAUCUGCUCUCAUUAUUCAACGUGCUUAUAGGCGUUACCUUUUAAAGCUAAAGGUUAAAAAAGUAUCUAGUAUAUAUAACAAAAAUAAAAACAAAGAAGGAGAUGGACUUGUUAUAAAAGAGACAAUUAUUGAUAAACUAAAUGGGAACUCCACACCAGAGAAAACAGAUGAGAGUUCUUCUACAAUUUCCCCACCAUCGUAUGACAGUGUAACAAAGCCAGAUAAAAAAAAAUAUAAGAAAGACAAAGCAGAAAAGAACUACAAAGGUAAAGAUGUCAGGGAAAAAAAAAAGUAAAAAUGUAAGAAUUCUGCUUGUGGGACAGCUUGUUUACAGUCUUUGAGAAUGAAGCGUCAACUGGACUCCUGCAGGAGGUUUAUGCCAAACUGACAGUUUUUACAUAUGUGUGUGUGUGCGCGCGUGUGUGCAUAUAUAUACAUUAUAUAUAUAUUUAAGGUCAGUGCCUAUAACAAAACAGUAAACCUUCAUCAUCAAACUGUGACUCUGUGAACCAGAGUAACAAACCUGACAAGAGGUUACUGUUUUCACUACAGCUGACACUGCUAAGAAUGAGGGAUAAAGUGGCUCCACAGAGAACAGGGAGCUUGAAAUACGUGCAAAGCUAUAGUUUUUUGUUUCACAUAUUGCAAAACAUGUAGAACAGUACUUCUAUUCACUAUUUGUAAUUCAAUGGCUACAUCUGUCAUAUUUUUACAAAACUUGUAUUAGUGUAUCAUUUUUUAAUUCACAGGUUGUUUACUAUUAUAUGUGACUAUUUUUGUAAAUGGGUUUUAUGUUGGGGAAAGAGGUAUGAGGACCAAGUGUUCUACUCUCAGAUUCUCUGUAACAUACAGAUGCAAGUGAUUUGCAUAGGCAUGUUACAAUUACCAGUCAUGCCCAAAUAAAAAUAUGACAUUGCACAAAGCUAAAGAUUUUAAGAACUUCCAUGUUUUAGGGUUGUUUUUAAUUUGAGGCAUCCUGACUACGUGUAUGGAUGCAUCUAGACUAUGUACAUCCAGAUUAAUGUGCCUAGAAAGUCACCUCUAAUUUAGAGGAAUUUGCAAUGACUUAUUUUUAUGCAAAUCAUUAAGCAUGAACAAGUUACUGUGUGAAAAUAUUCACAGCUAGAAAAAAUAUUGUAUGGUUUCUACACUAGAAAAAAUAGCUUCACCAAAAUACAGUUGGGAGUUUUUUUUCUUUUUUUUAAACAGUUUUUAAGCUUUUUUCCUGGAUUAUUAUUUAGUUACUGUGUUCUCUCAUUAAGACCAACAUCCAACAAAUAUCUUUUGCUAUGUAAAUACUAACGGCAUAUUGCCAUGCACAUUUGAGCAUAGAACUAAAUGGCUUUGCCACACUGAAUUGCAUCAGAUAUGUACCACAGUGUGGGUAAUUUGCAAAAGCUCAACAGAACAUUUUGUAUUCUGUGUCAUUAUAGAUAGUUUGGAGAGCAUCACUGAUGCAUGUCAAUGCUUUUGCUGCUGUAUCUUACUCCUUCCACUGCCUCCAAUGUAGGAAGCCAUAUGUCAGUGGUGAGUUGAAUAAAGUUGUCCAACCAGACCUCAUUCUUUCAAAUCAUUAAGCAAUAGUUUGCAGCUAUUGAUGAGCUUUUUUAGUUUUGCAUUUUAAAUUUGAAGUCGCUACUAUAUUGUGUAGAAUCAGACUGUACAGGCCAUACUUCAAACUGUUUAACCUGUUGAAAAAUGUGGUUAGCAUAUAUAAAUACUGUAAAGAAAUACCAUUUGGCAACAGUUUUGUAUAUAAGAAGAGUGUCUUCAAGUUUAGAUCACUGUUUCUUAUAUUUCUUUCCUCAUUCACUCAGUUUACUUUCUAACCACAGUAAUUUCAAACUGAAAUCAUACCAUAAGAAGCAUUUGUAGACUAUCAUGUUUUAAUAUUAUAUUUACAUAUAUUUCAAUGUGAAGUAAAUAGUGUGAAUCUGGAACCCAGCUUAUCGUUUCCAAAUAGUUUAUCUGGUAAGUGGACAUAGCAAGGAAAGUACUAGGGAAAUGUGUGAACUACCAGUGCUGAUCACAUCAGAAGUUCCAAGAUAGUCUCAUUGUUCAUGAAAUCCUUGCUAUUUCACAGUAUCUGUUUACAUAGACUAUUCUUAUUCUUUUUGAAUCACAGUGCACUAGACCUCUACAAUAGGACCCACAAUAUUUCUCAAGAAUAAAAUGGCACAUUUGUAUAAUCAAAGACAGCAGGACACUUUGCAUUUCAUACACAAGCUAACAUUAAAUGUAUGAUAUUUCUUUUACUGAUGCUUUUGACUUGUAACGUGUUGGUGAAAUGCAUGCAGGAAAUUGUUAUCAUCAUAAACAACAUAAAAAUAUAACAAAUGAGCCAAAAAAUAAAGAUUUCAU